AGGUUUUCCGACCGAAGUAACGCCUCACAGACAGUUCAUAAUUGGCGCACUGGUUAAAAUGAACCUUGCCAUCUCCACAGUGCAAGGCGCGCAACGUCAGGGUGUUGACAUGAUCAGCUGUUGAAAUUCUCCGUCCUCAAGGGUCGUGGUUUUAAGCGAAAUCCUUCUGUCUCUUAUUCAUUGCAUUUUUCUGGAGCUUCUCGGCCUCAACCACGUUUUACCCCAGCAAGCAGCAUGUCCGCGAAAGAGCUUCGGAUCCGCCCAGCAGGUUGGGAGAGCGCUCCUGCAGAGGAGGACUUCGCUCUCUCCGAUAUGGACCACACCAUGCCGAAGAUCUAUGUGCAGAUAGUGGAGGUGUUCCAGCUCGCGCCACAUGUUGAAAAGGCCAAGGUCGUGGAUAGCAUGGCCAAGGGUCUCGAAUUCACAUUGAGCCAGUUCCCAAUUCUCGCCGGCGGCUUGAAGAUGGACGCGGACAAUGGACGGCUGUGGGUGACGAAGAGAAAGGACAGCGAAGUCAGUCUGUUCGUGCAGGACCUGGAGGGGAAGUUUCCCUCGUUUGAAGAGCUGGAUAGGACCGAUUUCCCGGCCGCGACGUUCAAGGGACACAUGUUGUUGCCCAAGGCGGUGACAGAGAAACAAUUGUUCUCGCCGCUUGGGGACAAUCAGGAAGACGAUCUCCUCAUAUCUACGUUUCAGAUAAAUUUCAUCAAAGGCGGUCUCGUCCUCGGUGUUGCUAUCCAUCACAACUGUUCCGACGGCCCAGGAUGCGACGGCUUCCUUACCACUUGGGCGCAGAACUCUGCAGCGGUGGCCAAUGGAACUUCCUUCCAGGUAGUGCCUAAGGAAACUAUGGACCGAUCGCGUCUCAGUGCAAAGAAGCCAGAUGCUGCGCGGUGGAAGGAACUUGACCAUAAGUUCCCCGUUCUUAAGGAUGGCGGGGGUCCGCCUCCUCCACCGCCAGCCGACUUCAAGAUGCCCGAGUUGGCUAUUCGAAUGUGGCAUUUUCCUAAGAGUAAGACGGAGGAACUCAAGUCUCGAGCCAUGACAAAGACAGGAGACAGUUGGAUCUCGACUUACGAUGCAAUCAUGUCCAUCCUCUGGAAGAGUAUCACACGGUCCAAGCUUGAGCUUCUCCACCCUGAUCUUGGCAAGGAGGUUAUCCUAGUUCAUGCACUCAAUACACGAAAGGUGUUGGACCCGCCUCUACCGGAGACGAUGAUGGGCAACGCGGUCGCGCUUCCUCGCACCGAGCCGAUCAAGAUAUCUGAACUUCUUGCUGAAGACAACCUUCCCAGCAUUGCGCAAAGAGUGCGGAAUUCCAUCAAGACAAUCACUCCGCAGUACGUGGCUGAGCUUCCCGAGUGGAUCGCGGGGCUCAACGAUAGGCGGUGGAUCAACAUCAACAUGAGUUCCUUCCUGGGUAUGGACCUGGCAGGUACAAGUUGGCAAGGCAUGAAUGUAUACCAGAAACAUGAUUUUGGUUUCGGUGUCGCGAGAGCCAUUCGCUUUCCGGAUCCUCAGUUCGAAGGUUAUGUUUUCGUGUACCCAAGCAGGGCCGGUGUUAUGGAGAAUGCUAUUGACGAAGGUAUCGAGGUAUGCGUGUGUUUGGAAAAAGGAUGCCACGAUCGAUUGAUGAAAGAUGAGGAGUUGCUGCGAUAUGCACAGCCUCGUGGUAACUAGGUGAGACAUGGCCCGGCCUGUGCUAUGUGUCAUGACUAUCCACAAGAUUAGGGUGUGCUUCAAUAUUUGCACGUUGCCGCAAAAAUUCAUACCACAUGUCUCUCAUGCUUACCAAUUGCUCUGUUACCCAGCAUCAUACCUCCAUGACGUCACACAGUGCAACGUGGUAGCACCCUCGAGCGAGGAUUUUCUGGGUUGAGACGCUUUUCAGCACCUUGUCGAUUGUCUUGAACAGGAUAGGUGAAGCAACAGCCACCUGGGAAGUGACAUCGGUCGCACGCCGUGGUCGCUCGAACGGCGCGAAGUGUGCACCUUGUGCUUCACUGUGGGAUUCGAGCAAGGCGCACAAUUAGUCGGGAGCUUAGAUUGAACGUAACGACCAUAAGAAUCACACUGCGCCACAGUAGGCGGUGGUACUGUUUCGUGGCCAAAACCGGC